AUGAAAUCAAAUUUAUCGAUAACUUUGAUGAAAGAUUUCGUCUUUUCUUGGAAGUCCUUACCUGUCAUCCAACACUACCAUCAGAGCCAAGUUGGAGCAUCACCUAAGGACAACAAGAAAAAUUAUUUUAAACUCAAAAUCUUUGCAAAAAGAUUAUCGAUGAAUUUAGAAGUCAUUUCUGUAAUUAUAAAUAGUUGGAAAUGGGAUAAGAUUGUGCAUACAUUAGAAAAUAUUAAUGAUUUGAAAGCAGCUUUGGAAUUUAAUUUAUUCCUGAAACUUGACGAUGAUAAUGCUCACAGAUUCUUUCAGUUGGCAGAUCGUCACAACUGCAGUGAGGCGUUUAAAAAUGAAUGUUUUGAUGUUUUGAAAAGCACAACUACAAUACUUAAGAAUUUGAGGAAUGUAAAACCAGAGUUAAUUAAAAGAACAGCAACAAAGGCAGUAGCUACGAAAAGUUCACCGAAUUACAGAGCGAGUGGAAAAGUUUCAGAUAAUUGUGAACAAUUACCCGUUGUGGUAUUCCGAAGGGUUGAUAGACCAUAUGGAACAAUUUGA